GUCCUGGCAACGCGGAUCGUGGCGGUGAAGGCGUCUCUCUGUAAACUCUCCACGGCAACGGCGGCACGCGCCUGUGACUUCCAUGCCAAGCUGCUGCUAAUCGCCAUCAGCUCCACGUUAAAGUCCCUGCUGAGACCGCACGUUCUCAACACGCCAGACAAAAGUCCCGGAGACAGACUGACCGAGAUCUGCGCCAAGAACAUCGACACCGAUAUUGAUAAGGUGAUGAUCAAUCUGAAGACAGAGGAGUUCGUGUUGGACGGCCCCCCCCUGCAGUCCCUGCAGCAGCUGAUCCAGUGGGUCGGAGACUUUGUCCUCUACCUGCUGGCCAACCUGCCCAACCAGGGCUCCAUGGUGCGUCCCGGGUUCGGCUUCAUGCGCGACGGGGCGUCUCUGGGGAUGCUGCGGGAGAUGCUGGUGAUGAUCAGGAUCUGGGGUCUGCUGAAGCCCGGCUGUCUGCCCACCUUCACUGCCACCUCAGACACCCAGGACAGCAUGCAGCUGCUGUUCAGACUGCUCACCAGACUCUGGAUCUGCUCGCGGGACGAGGGCCCCCCCCAGGAGCCCGACGAGUCUCUGAUUGACGAGUGCUGCCUGCUGCCCAGUCAGCUGCUGGUUCCCAGUAUGGACUGGCUCCCAGUGAACGACGGCGUCAUCGUCAGGCUGCAGGGAAAACAUCCAAUCAGACUGCAGUUUGGAAAAGCCUCGUCUCUGCCCGGAACAGGCCCCGCCCCACCGCUGGACGUCUUCACCAGGAGUCCCAACUCUAAGAAGAUGGACAACCUGCGCUGUGUCCACAUGGGCGUCUGUCCCACUGAGGACAGUAAGGCCUGCACCAG